ACUCCCCUCGCCUCCUCCCUUCUCACUAUACUUUUCUACACGCAUUCACACACGCUAACGACAUCAUGUUCCGCACCAUCAGAUCUGCCUCAGCUGUUGCAAGGGCCAUGCCCCGCAUGAAUGUUGCUACCCAGCAGCAGAAGCGCUUCCUGUCGAUUCACGAGUACCUCUCCAUGGAGCUUCUCCAGAAGCAGGGGAUCAAAACCCCUCGUGGCGGCGUCGCAAAGACCGGAUCCGAGGCCUAUGCUGUUGCCGAGAAGCUCGGAACCGAGGACAUGGUGAUCAAGGCUCAAGUUCUCGCUGGUGGUCGUGGCAAGGGCACAUUCGACUCUGGUCUCAAAGGAGGUGUUCGCACUAUUUUCUCCCCUCGCGAGGCCCAGAUGUUUGCGGACCAGAUGCUUGGACACAAACUGGUCACCAAGCAGACCGGUGCUCACGGCAAGAUCUGCAACUCUGUCUACAUUUGCGAACGCCAGUAUGUCCGUCGCGAGUACUACUUUGCUGUUUUGAUGGAUCGCAAGUCCCAGGGCCCUGUCAUGGUCGCCUCCUCUCAGGGUGGUGUUGACAUCGAGUCAGUCGCGGCUGAGAACCCCGAGGCCAUUCUUCAGCUUCCUAUCGAUAUCAACAAGGGCGUCGAUCGUGCUGCUGUUCGUGACCUUGCCGAGCGCAUGGGAUUCACCCCCAGAUGCAUUGAUCAGGCUACCGACACUAUGAUCAACCUCUACGACCUCUUUAUGCAGAAGGAUGCUACCAUGGUCGAGAUCAACCCCAUGGCCGAGUCCGCUGACCACGAAGUCAUCUGCAUGGACGCCAAGAUCAAUUUUGACGACAAUGCCGAGUUCCGCCAGAAGGAGGUGUUUGCCCUUCGUGACAUUAGUCAGGAGGAUCCCCGUGAGGUUUCAGCUAGCAAAUACAACCUGAACUACAUCGGACUGGACGGAUCGAUCGGAUGUUUGGUCAACGGAGCUGGUUUGGCCAUGUCGACAAUGGAUAUUAUCAAGUUGCAUGGUGGCGAGCCCGCCAACUUUUUGGAUGUCGGCGGUGGAGCAACGGCUGAGCAGGUCACGGAGGCAUUCAAUAUUAUUUCGUCCGAUCCCCGAGUGACGACGAUCUUCACCAACAUCUUUGGCGGCAUCAUGUCGUGCCAUGUGAUUGCGCAGGGCAUCAUUGCGGCGGCCUCGACGCUGCAGUUGCAGAUCCCAUUGGUGGUCCGUCUUCAGGGUACGGAGGUCGAUGAGGCCAAGAAGCUGAUUGCAGAGUCUGGAUUGAGAAUCAUUACGUCAGAUGACUUGGAUGAUGCAGCGAGUAAGUCGGUCAAGCUGAGCAAGAUGGUUAACAUGGCCCGCGAGGCACAGAUCAACGUCAGCUUUGAGCUGCCUCUCUAGAGCGACGGCGUGGAGCACUACAGGAGAUGGAGUGCGCGUAUGGGUGGGUAUAUAGUCAAUGGAAUCAGUAAGAGUCUUUAGGACAAUGUAUACAAAGCAGUCAUUUGCUAUACAUUUAGGCCUUGAAAGAAGACAUUUUGAAGGAUCAGAACUGCAACAGGAGCCAAGGGCUGUAGGUUGCAGCGGUCCCCUUUUCCGCGUAGGUCAAAACAAAGAAACGAUGAAAAUAGAGCUGCAGUCUGCCUGCAUACAACCUCC